AUGGCUAUAAGAGUAACUACCGAAAGGGCGUGGCGUCGGGGUGUAAAGUGGCUGAAUGCGUCGCGUUGGUUAUUUUGGGUGUUCGCGGAUCUCUACAGGCAUUCUAGCCAGACGUUGACACUCGUGCCCAUGCAUUCUUAUCGCAUCUCCGGAAAGUGCUCGUUCGCUCGCCCGUCUUCUUUGGCACUCUUACGUACCGAAUCUCGCCUGUGUUGCCUCGGGAUCCCGAUUCACUGCAUGGCGCGUCAUGACCCACUGGCGUACAAGAUGUCCCUUCUUUAUUUUGGGGUCAGGCGUCAUGCAUGUGAAGAGGGAAGGCAAUACUGGAAACGCGGAAUUCACUUUCAAACAGAGUCGAGUGGGUUCCACACAGCCGUAGAGAUUCACUAUGCAAGCAUUUGGGAUAACCGCUGGGCAUCCGUACUGGUCUCCAAGAUCUUCUUCGCCCCAUUGUUACUCCGCGACUUGCGAUUCUUCCACGCCAUUUCAUUCCUUUCGGGGAUAAAGUGUCCGUACAGGUCUCUGGCACCUCCUUUUCCGCUGGUCUGUCCUCGUCAGGGGGCAAGUCCAAAUCCCGGUGAUGUUUCCUGUGGAUUUAGUUUCCCUCGAUCGCCGUGGGUCACUGCGGUGUUCCUUGCUGGUUGUGACUAUGUAGGGACAUCACAGGAGAGGCUCAGAAGCGUCGGCGUGCGCAUCGAAAUCCACAUGGCCUACGGUGGCAUGGUUACAUUGACAAUUCUGGAGUGGGUUCUUCUACAAGGAGAUUUUCAAGAGGAACAUACAGGAAAGCGAGACUGCUGGACUACGCACGCGGAAGUGGCUUUCGUAGGUGAUAUGCCAUGGCACGGCAUGAUACUGGUAGCUCCGGGGGAGGUGUCUUAUCUUUAG